AUGUUUGCUAAAAUUGAGAGUGAAAGGUUAUUGUAUAUUCGAACACAUCAAGCUCAACUCAGAGCAGAGAAGUACAUUCAUCUACAGGAUGCUAUUCGAAGAGAGGAAGGAGUGGAAUCGUUAGGUCAGGUUGUGAUUUUACCUUUAAGUAUUACUGGUGGCCCUCGCUAUAUGCAUUCACGAACUCAGGAUGCAUUUUGUUAUGUCAGAAAAUUUGGACGUCCUGAAUUAUUCAUAACGAUCACCACAAACCCUAGAUGGACUGAAAUUAAUAAUAAUCUUUUCGAAGGUCAAUCUGCUCAAGACCGGCAUGACAUUGUUUCAAGAGUAUUUCAUUUAAAGUUGAAAGUGUUAAUGGCACUCUUACAAAAAGGGGAAAUAUUUGGUCGUGUACGUUGUUUCAUUUAUACAGUGGAGUGGCAAAAACGUGGUCUUCCGCAUGCUCAUAUUCUUCUUUGGUUGGAAGAGCAAAUUCGCCCGAACCAAAUUGAUGAGGUCAUCAGUGCUGAGUUGCCUAGUCCGGAAGAGGAUAAAAAACUUUUCGAUAUAGUAAAAGGUCAUAUGGUGCAUGGUCCAUGUGGGCCUUUUAAUCAUCGGUCAGGAUGCAUGAAAGAAGGUCGUUGUACAAUACGAUAUCCAAAGGCAUUUGUUAACGAAACAAUUUCAAGUGAAAAUGGUUACCCUACUUACAGAAGGCGGUCUCCAGAUGUUGGUGGGAUUUCGGUACCAUUUAAAGUGAGAGGAGAAUUCAUUGUGUUAGAUAAUAGAUGGAUAGUGCCUUACUCUUCUGUUCUAUUACGUACAUUUGAAACGCACAUUAAUGUAGAGUUUUGUGGUGGAGUAAAAUCAAUUGAAUAUGUGUGUAAAUAUGUGAAUAAAGGAAGUGACCAAGCAACAAUUGGUAUAACUGAUGAAAAUGAUGAAAUUAAAAGGUAUCAAACAGGUCGAUAUAUCUCUACCUUAGAGGCAGUUUGGCGAAUAUUAGAAUUCUCAAUACAUGAGAGAUAUCCUCCUGUGAUACCUCUUGAUGUGUACAUUUGGAGAAUGGACAGAGAGUGUACUUUAGACCUGAGAAUGUUUUGGAAAGAGUGGAAAAUCCUAAAAACACUACAUUAA